UCCCCGACGAGCCGCCGCUGGUUCCGGCGCGCGAGCCGGAGGAAGACCACCACCACAGCAUGAUGCGCCACGUCAUGGCCGCCACGUUCAUGGGUCUCCCCAUGACGACGGCUCUCAUGACCGCCAUGGGUGCCCCGGUGGCCCUCCUGGCCCCGCUCGGACUGGCCAUCCCCGCUCUCCUCACCAUGGGGUUCUUGGACAUCAACAGUAACCAAGGCCACUUCGGCCACCACUUCCGCCGCCCACUGCACGGCCACCACGCCCACGACCACCACCACAACGACGCGCAGCCUGCCCCAGCAAGCGAAGCCUCUGAUUCUGGCCUCAGCGGCGGAGGAAGCGGCGAGGAGACGUCGACCACACAAGCUCCCGCCAACAGCAACACGAGGGCUUCUCAAAGCGGUGGCGGCGGCGAAAGACUGAGGGACGGAGGCGGCUUCGCGGGGGCGCUGAGGCGCCUGGGGGGUGUCCUUCCCAUGAUGGCCUCUCGCAUCGCCUCCAGGAUGGGCGGUAGGCGACGCAGGGCGGUCGAGGAAGAGCUCUCCCGGGACGCCCCAGCCGCGGAGGCCGACCAGAAUGAACUCGAACCUGCUUCGCCAUCUCUCUCUGCGCACGACCUCGACACCCUCAGGGACAUGAGCCUCUUCUACUCCAGCCUCAGCGAAACCAACGGCACGAACAUCGAGAAACCUUCACCCGAAGAAGUCCUUAUUCACCGCAAAUACCUCCUAGGCCUCCUGAAGCAGCUCAGAAGCCAGAAACGGGUGGCCCUUCCGUCCCAAAACGAAGGGCUGCUUGCAAGCGCAGCCGCCGAAAAUAGCACCUUCGUUCCUACAGGAAGCGAACAAGAGGAGGCUGCAGCCACUCCCGCCGAAGGCCCCAAGACACGACCUGACAUCAUCCACGGAGGCGUCGACAGAAUUGGACAAGUUGCUGAUGACGUCGCCGACAUCCAGAGUCUGGACCCGAGCGCGGCCGCCCUCCUCCUGCACCAAUUCCAGACGCAGGGUUCCCUGAACCUCCUUCCCCCUGGCCUCCUCGGACAAGCCCCGCCCCCCACGCCCCCGCCCACGCAGUUCGACCUCCUCUUCGGACAGCAGCAGCUAGCUGCCGCCCCCCUGGCCUCGUCCGCCCUUGCUGCCGCAGCGCCGCCCCUUUCUAGCAUGGAGCAGCACACGCAAUCCCUAGCCACAUCGGCGGGUUUCCAGGGCAGCCUGCCCCCGUCGCUGCUGUCGGUGGCGCUGCAGAAUGGGGGCGCCGCCACUCGGCCGGGGGGCUUCGACCCCGCCACAGGGGAGCCGCUCCCCCCGUCCCUGCUCCUGGGCGACCCGAGCCAGUUCUCGGACUACGUGGCCCUCGCCAACGCCCUCCUCGCCCACGAGCAGGCGACGGCGGCGCCAAGCGUGGUGAUGGUGGACCGUCUGGACUUCCAGGAGUUCGGCGUGGCGGACCAGCCGUCCUCGCUGCCUUUCAACGCGUCCGACCUGAACCGCCUGCAGCUCACGCCGGUGGCGUCGACGGUCCAGAACACCCGCAUCACCACGGAGCUCUCCACGGCCAUCACCAACUUCAUCAACAACAUCAGCGACGCCAUCAGCCAGUUCAUCACGGACCUGCAGGCUGCGAUCGACGCCAACCCUGCGGUGGCGUUGCUCCUGCUGCUGCCUCUGCUCUUCCUGCCCUUCCUCUUCAACCACAAGGGCGGGGGCUACGGCGGGGGCUACGGCGGAGGCUACGGUCACAGGAGAGUCUACUACCCGCCCACUGCUCGGGCACUCCUGGCAGAGUCGCUGGCGGAGAGGAUUCUCUCGAGCAUCGAGGAUUACCGGAAACUUUUUUCGCCGGACGACGCCAGCCACGAGCCAGGCCUCCGGCACCUUCCUCGGAUAAGCGGUUGAGUUCGCGCGCGCGCAAGUGAGUUCACUUCAUCUUAGCUCGAGCAGCUUUAAGAUAUAUGUCAGAACAGCUUAUAUUUACAUUUUCCAUUUCUUAUAUAAUAGGUUCAAUUUACUUGAUUAGGUUUUCUUGACUCAUCUUGCAGCAUUAAUUUCUAUUAAGCUAUGUGACAGUGCAGCUCACGCUUACCAUUUACAUUUCCGUGAAGAACCAAGAGCAGAACCACUGCGAUGGGAGCCUGAAAAAUGCAUUUUUGGGUUUGGUGGUAAUGAUAAUGUAUAUAUUUGUGUGUGUGUGUGUGUGUGCGUGUGUGUGUGUGUGUGUGUGU